AUUUUUGGCAUUGUUAAUAUUAUUUCCUAUUCUAUUUUAUUCUAUUCAUAAAUAAAAAGGUCCAACAUUUACUAACGCAAUGACAUUAUACCAUUUUGGGAACUGCCUAGCAUUAUUAUACGCACCCUAUCAUAUGGCAUAUAAGUUUGCUGGGAUAGCCGAAUAUGCUUCCUUCUCAAAAUGUGUCUACGCUGGCAUUCUAUACAUAUUUACACAACUAUGUAAAAUGCUACUGCUAGCUACAUUUUUUCCUGAUUCUGGCAGUGGAGAUGGAGGGGAAUAUGACGUCUUCUUAGAAAUAUUAAAAGCUACAGUUGAUCUGGCAGAUCUAAUUGGACUUUAUUUUGCCUUGAACUCUAUUCCUGGAAAAGGCCAUGCGAAAAUUCUCACAGCAGCUAUUGGUUGGGCAAGUGCGGAGGUCAUAGUAACAAGAAGCUUUCCACUGUGGAUAGGUGCACGAGGUUCUGAAUUUGAUUGGCGCUUUGUACGCUCAUGUGCGGAAUCAAAUGUAGCCCUGCUUCAGCACAUAGCAACGGCAGCUUUGGUGUGGCUAUGGACUCGCAGUGACCUACCCCAAAGACAUGUUCCAUUGGUGGUAACAUUGCUAGCCAUUACACCCUACAAGGGAUUAAUGGAGGAGGCUGCUGCAAGUAUUUUGUCAUUAAGCCCCUGGUCGCAGCUGGGCUUACGCGCUGUGCACUCCAGUGCUAUUGGGCUUACUGCAUUGGCCAUGUACGCUGUAUUAGCACAACAAAUUGGGAUGUGAUUUUCAUUUUGUAUUACAAAUUCAUAUUGAAUUACAAAUUUUUGCAGUUUAGUAGUAAUUAUUAUACAUAUUUAUUUUUAAAAGUCGUGAAUAUAC